AAUUACUCUUUGUUUUGGAAAACAUUAGAAACUACUGUACUUGUGUUGAGUGUUUCUAUUUCUCUUUCUUUUUUUGCUACCAUUCUUAAACCAUGCAAUCCCAAUCGGCCGAUGAAAAUGGUGAGAACAAAGAUGAUGCUUCUGGACAUGGCAGUACCGUUGCGAAACAUUACAAUGAACUUCAGGAAUGUGGUCUUAAAGCUAGAGGGCAGAGUCGCAUAUUUUUCAUGCGUAAUUUCAAUAACUGGACAAAGAGUAUGAGCAUUGGGGAUACGUUGACUAAAAUAAGGCAAGGAGACUGGAAGAAAAAAAUAUCUGUUCUUGACUUGUGCUGUGGCAAGGGUGGAGACCUCCUAAAAUGGAAGAAGGGACAGAUAAAUCAUUUAAUUUGUGUGGAUAUUGCGGGUGUAUCUGUUGAACAAGCCAAAUCACGCUAUCAGGAAAUGAAGCAAAAAGCACAAAAUGAUCGAUACCAUCAGAAUGUAUUUAGUGCUGAGUUCUACACUGCAGAUUGUUCAAAAACACGGAUCUGUGAACUAUAUGAAGACCCAGACACCUACUUUGAUUUGUGCAGUUGCCAGUUUUCAUUCCAUUACUCAUUUGAGAGCCUGUCACAAGCAAGAAUGAUGCUGAGAAACGCUUGUGAACGACUCAAACCGGGUGGUUAUUUCAUUGGAACAACACCAAAUGCUAAUGAACUAGUAAAAAGGUUACAAGAGAGCGAAGGUGUUAGCUUUGGUAAUGAAGUCUACAGAAUUACUUUUGAAAAUAAAGAUUCUUUCCCACUGUUUGGCUGCAAGUAUGACUUUCAUCUUGAUGGUGUUGUGGACUGCCCAGAAUUCCUUGUUUACAUGCCUUUAAUGCAAGAAAUGGCCAAAGAAUUUGAUAUGGAGUUGGUUUGUCAUAAAACAUUUAAGGAGUAUUUUGAUGAAUAUAGUUCAACCAAAGAGGGCGCUUCACUUUUGCAAAAGAUGAAAGCUUUACAGCAUAUUUCACUUGAGAAUUCUGAUGAGUACCAAGGCAAAAGUGAAUUUCAUCACGUUGAGGAGAAAUAUUCUUCAGUUGAAAACAAACGUUCUCAUAUUGGAACACUUUCAAAGUCUGAGUGGGAAGCUACAAGCCUUUACUGUGUUUACAUAUACAAGAAGUCGACUGGUACAUCAGCAGCACAAGAAGAUACAGGCUCUGAACAUGAACAACAGGAAGACAGAGAUGAUGAAGAUUUAACAACAAAUCAACUUGAUGUAGAACCUUCACCAUCCAAAAAAAGAAAGCUUUAACAUCUUUUUUAAAUUGAAUAUUUUUUAAAUGAAUCAUGGAAAGCCUAUCAAAUGGAUAGUAAAUUGUUGGUGCAACAAAAGGAAAUUUUCUUUUAUACUUUUGGAAGAGACGUUGAAAUCAUACAACUUUUAAAGAACAGGGAUUAUUUCUCAGUGGCAGAUCCAGGAAGGGAAUCAAUACCACUAUGGUUGGGGCUGAAAUAAGAAAAUUAUGAUUAUGGCACUCUCAGACAUUCGAAUAUAAUUUACUUUUUUCUCAGGUUUUAUGAACCUGGGCCCCCUCUUGAAUCUGCCACUGAUGACCAUUUCAGUAUCUCUCUCAACAGUACAAUGUACUAUAAAAAAGACUGUUUUAUAUUUUGGACAUUUCUUUGUUACUGAGGCUUUUGUUUAUUAGUAAGCAAGUUGUAAUUAUUAUUAUUAUUGACAAAUUUGUCGAAGAGGAGACUUGUACCUUGUUUCGCAGCCGUGACUUACAGUUGUACAUUUGUAAAGGAUUAGUGCACAUUCUGUUCCCCACCUUUAGAACAAUGCUACGUUUGGCACUCCGGAAAUAACCAUUAAGUGUACCAGAAAAGAAACAUUAGAUAUAUUUCAAACCACAGUCAAUCUUUAUUGCACCUAGUAGAAAAUAAAAUUACAUCAUUUACAUGAUUGAAUUACCAGGGAUAAAUUCAGAUAGGGAGGCAGAGUGGGGCUAGUAGCCACCGAAAAUAAAUAAAAGAAAGAGAAAAAUAGGUGCACGGAAUUGAAAUUCCAUGUAUAGUGUCUAUGAUCAACAUUUCUGAACAGUAAUCUCAAGCACCACCUUGUGCUUUGCAUGUCGUAUGGCCCCACCCAGAUUUUUAACAUUGAUUAAACUUGUAUUACCAUGAUGAUAUAUAAUACUAUAUCACCAUGAUACAAAUGUUGAUUAAAAUCACAUUAAUGUGACAUUUCUAGGACCAUGAGGUUAUAAUAUUGUAUUAUACUUCUAUUGUUAAUAUUAAUUUAUUAUUAAACCAUUCACACUAAUUAUUUAAAUGUGUUAUUUGCACUACUAUACCAGUACGAAGGUGGUCAAAUUAGGUACUAAUACAUACAUGUUACUACUGCAUUUGUACUUGGAUGUUGCUUUAUAAAACAUUUGCUGUCCAGGAUAAUAAAUAACAAAAGCCUCUA